UCGAGAAUCUCGAACAACGAGAGAGAAGGAAGUAUCCAUCACACAUCCAUCCAUCCACCGUACAGAGCCCCCGUUGCACGUCGGGAAACUGAAUAUGUACGUAUGUCGUACGAACAACGUAGAGCGUUGAAUGUGUCGAUUGUGUUCGGGGUUGGCUUGCACUUUUCGCGGCUGUAUGUGCGCGCAGCAACAUCGCGUGGUCGGUUAUCAAGGUGUUCGCGAACCCUUCCAGUUUACAGUGACCGAGUGAUAAGAGGUGAGGUGAAAAGAGAAAUUUCUUUUCUUGGGACGCUCGCCAAUUUCCGAGCUGUAAGAUUCUAUUGCGGCGUCGUUCUAACAAACAGUCGGGGGAACACGUAAAGGUUUCGCGCUGCUGUGUAUCUGUGUGUGGAAUACAUCCAAUCGGGGAAUUCGCGGGCUAAAAUGCCCGACGUGGCUCCUGCGGACAACGUCGGCAUCGAGAUCAAGAUCAACGAAGCGGCGGACGACGAGAGGAGCGACGCUCGCUCCUGGUUUCCCGCGAAUACCUCCGAUUCCAUUUUUACUUAUGCCCGCGCAUAUGGCUGAACAAUUUUUCGUAUUUUGAAAUAAUCGGAUAGUGCUUGUAAAUUGUCUGACUGUUUCGAGGAAAGGAAAUAUCUGUAACUUUACGUACCACGGAUAAUUGCUAUACUUUAUUCAAGAUAAUAUAACAUGAAAACAACGACGAUUUUCUAACGUAUUAUAUGUUCGUUCUUUUUUUUUUUCUUUCUUUUUCUCAUGUAUCUCUAAUAAAAAUAUACGUGAUUUUGGAACGAAUGUUUAUGGUGCAAUUUAUAGAUCUACGAGAAGGGACAUACUAAUUAAAGCUCAGUAAAUGUUUUUUUCGGGGGAUUUACUCUAUUAUUUACUCUCAUAUUUAUGCCUAAUGUGUAAUGUUACAUAGAAAAAAAAAUCAAAGAUCUUUUGAUCAAUCUAUAAACGUGUUUGAAAACUUACAAAAUGAGAGAAAAUGAAAGAAAUAUAAUAUAAUCGCAAAGUGUUCAUAAACUUAAAGGAAUCCUCCAAUCAUUUGGCAAUUGUAUAUUGUAUUUGUUUAUAUGAUUUUGCAUACAUAUUUAUCAUGUUUUUUCUUAAAUGAAAUAAAACUACUUAUUGUUGUUACAUAUUAAGGUUAGAUUUCAAUCAAUAGAAUAAUUCUUUCUUAUUGUUAUAUAUGCGAACAAUUUAUUGUGCUUCAUCCACAAAUAUAUAAUAUACGAGAUAUUUAUGUUGAAAAUCCAUGCCGAUUUUGUGAAAGAAUAAUAUUAAAUAGCUUUGUAAAAUGUGUGAGCAAACAGAAAUUGAUUAUUUGGAUGGAGAUGUUGUUUGGGUGAAACUUGGAGGAUGCUGGUGGCCUGGACAAGUUACUGGGUUUCACAAUUUACCAGAAGAUAUUCAGCAUGAAUUUCAAAAGAAGCCAUUAAUAGCUGCUGUAAAGUUUUUUCAAGAGGAUACAUAUGAAUUUGUGAAGAAUUACCAACAGAUUUAUAAAUACAACUGUACCCAGAAAGAUGAAUUUAUCAGGAAAGGAUUAGACAAGUAUAGAAGUAAAAGCAAAGAUGGAUCCAGAUACAUGGACAAAUUUCCCGGAGAUGUUGAAAUGGCUGAAAAGUUAACAGGAGGAGAUCCUGAUAUAUUAAGUCUUGAUAAGUUUUGUCCAGAGGAGAAGCCAAAUAUAUCGGCCUUAUUUGGGGACAAGAAAAUACCUAAAAAGAAACGAGAUCGUGAUGAAAGUCGUAGAAAAAGUGAUGGUAUGGAGGUUGUACGAAAAAUUACGCAUCCAAGAUUUUUGAAAGAAAGUGAUCAUGAAAUUCGAAUACGUCAACAACCUAGCAGCUUACCAUCUACACCGAAUAAUAGUGGUUCUCCGCAAUAUCCCUGUCAUUUAUGUAAUUUUACUUCUUCACGAGUUAAUGUUAUCAUUUGUCACAUAAAAAGCCACAGAUCUGGAAAUUCACCAAUAUCAAAAUCUAAAGUAAAAACUUAUUCUCAACAUAGAAGUAGAUACUCUGACGUGGACACUCCAAAAAGAAAAUACGCAAAAAAAGAAAAAGGCCAGUCAAAUAAAAAUAAAAAUAAUAGUGACUCUGGCAAAAGAAAACAAAUUAAACAAAAUGAGAAAGCUCCUAAAAAGAAAAAGAUUUCAGAUCCUAAAAUUCGUGAUACUAUAUUAGCAGAUUGGGAAGAUGAGUCAGACGAAGACCUUAAUUUAAAUCAGAGUACUGAUUUAACAUCCAUGAACAAUUCAUCGCCAAAAAAUCAAUUUGAUUUUGAAAAGUCAGACGAACCUAAUGAAAAGAACAGUACACUACCAGAAGCCAAUGAAAUUAUUGCAGAAACUGAAAAAUUACUUAAAGAAACUGAAAAGCUUACAGCAAUUAACAUAACAGAAGAUUCUUCAUCUGAUAGUACUAAUACUGCAAAAAAUCUGAAAUCAAAUCUUUUUGAUAAACAAUCUGAAUUAACAAAAGAUGCUAGAAUAUCUGAUGUUGAGAGUAAUGAAACUACUAACAAAUCACAGAUGGAAAAAGAAACUUUUAAUAUUGAGAAUGAAAGUAAAUCUGUUGCAUCAAAUAAAGAAGAUAAAAAGUCAUUGUUAUCGUGUUUUGAUUUCCACGAAGAGGAACCAUCUAUACCUCCAGUAAGGAAAAAAUCACGCGCAUUUCAUCAGAAAAAAGAAAUAAUAAAAGAAUUUGAAAUGAGUCAAGCUUUGAAAACUGAACAAGAAAAGGAAAUUGAACAUAAUAAACCAGAAGGUGAAGAUAACAAUACUAGUUCAAAUGAAUAUGAAAGAUUAGAUACACAAACAUCUUUAAGUGAACAAAAAUUAGAAAAAAGUGAAAAUAAUGAUAAAGUUACAAUUGAUGAUAAAGAGACAAGUACUAAACUUGAACAAACACAGAAAAAUAUUAAAUCUGAAAAAGAAUCAGUAACAACACAAAAAUCUAAAACUUGUGAAACACAAUUAGAAAUUGUAGAAAUAUUUGAAGUUGAAAAAGUUGAAGCCGGAAAUGGAAAUGUUAUAAAUGCCUCAAAAAAUAUUGAUGUAGAAAAUUCUGCAAUGUCAAAUAUCAAUAAGAAAUUAACAGAAAACAAAAAUUUGGAUGUACAAAAUAUUGAUGAUAAACAAACAGAUAUUAAAGAUGCGAUUAUCAGUGAAAAUACAGAAAAUGUAAAACAUGAUCAUUUAAAGCAAACUGAAGAAACUUUGUCUGAACGAUUUACAAUAGAAACAGAAGAUGAAACUGUUUCUGAAUCGGCUGAAACAUUUCCAGAGCAAAGUGAAAAUUCAGAUGCGGAUAUGCUAGAUCAAGAUCAAGUGCCUAAUUCAAAUUCUACAAAUGUUUUAUCAGACGGCGAUCAGUUAAAUAUUCCGCAAGCUCGUAAGCAUAGAGGUAGAUCAAGAAGAUCAGGAUCUAUUCGUACUAGCACUAGUGGAAGUCCCAGUGGUAGUGAGAGCCCAAAAAUAAGAGAUAGCAAAAGCAAUUCAAAAGUAUUUGAAAAAUUUGAAAUGGAAAGAAGAACAUCAGAAUCUGAUAGUGAACGUUCAUACAGUCGAAGAAAACGAAAACCAAAUAAAAAAUAUUUAGAAUCCGAUAUAUAUGUACAAGAUAUAGAUCAAAAGAUAUAUAAGACUGAUGAAAGUCAAUCUGAAAAUGAAGAAAAAUCUUCUGAAAAAAUAAAAGUCAAAUCAAAAAGAAAUAAGAAAUUUAUAGAAAUUAUUAAAAAAAUAAAUGAUGACAUUGAUCUCAAAGAAGAAAAAGAAAUAGAAAUUUCCUGUACAGUGGAUACAACAGAAAAUAAUGUUAAUUCUUCAAAUAUAGAAUUGAAAGAUGAUUUAUUUGAGAAUACAUCCAAAAACCAAAUGCUUGUAGAAUUAGAUACGAAAUCUGCCGACAAUCAAACUCCCAUUGAGAGUCCUAAAAAAUUACAAGUAUCAACUGAGGAAAAAGUUUCAGUAAAAGAAUCUGAUACACCUGUUCUUGAAGAUACAAGCUCUUCAGUUACAGAAGAUAAUACUGUUAAAUUUGAAAGUACAAUUCUUGAACAUGAGAAAAUAAAAGAUAAUGACACUGAAAAUACUCCAAGUAAUCUUUCACAAGAAAGUUUAAAAGAUCUAGAAUCUUCUAAUUCACUUCAACUGGAACUAUUGUCAGAGAAAGAAUCAUCUCAUCAACAAAUAGAUACCUCAAAAACUGUAGACAUGCUUCCGCCUAAAAAGUCUCAAAUAAAGAAAUUUGAAUUAUCACAAAUUGAUUUUUUUGAUACUGAUGUCUCUACUCAAAAACUUACUAUAGAUUCUGGAUUAAAUAGUGAAGAAGAAAAAAAGAAAAAUUUAAAUAUGAGUGAAAUAAUUGAAACUAGUACAGAUUUAGUGACAAUUGAUUCUUCAAAACAGAAAGAAGAUGUUCCAGAAAAAUUUGAAACAGAUACAAAUAAUAUCGAAAUUAUAAAAGAUUCAAAUCAAAUAGAAGAAGAAAAUAAAAUUCAAGUUGAAGACACAACUGUAUCGAUAAAUCAAAAAAUUGAGCAUACAGAAAUGGGAACAUCAGAAAAAGAAGAACAAAAAAUUGAAUUAGAAAACGUUAAACAACAAUCAUCUACAGAUUUAACAAAUAUAUUAAGUGAGCAACAAGUUCAAAAUAAAACAUCUAUACAAACAAGAUACAAAGGAAAAUUUACACCGGACACGUGCACUAGAUUAAAAAGAGAUAAAGAAUUAUUUUCUGAAGAAAAAUCAACAAAUACAUUCCAAGAAGCUUUCUUAAAAACUUUGCAUAUGGACAAGAAAAAAGGCACAUUGAAUGACUCUGAUACAAUUGGAAAAGGAAAGAAAAGUAAAAAGUUAAUGAAGAAAAAGCCUGAAGAAGAAAUAAGUACGAAUAUGUCUUCAGAGAUAACUCAGACUGUGACAACUGAAGGUUCAAAUACACCAGAAAAUUUUCCUAUUCUUUCUCAAGUUACGGUUAUGAGCAAUUUUGAAGGUAUGGAAGUAGUAGUUGAUCAAAAUCCUGAAAUCGACACUAAAGUUGAUGGGACUAUUUUUCAAAAUGUUGAUCAACUUACAUCAUCAUCAUCACCAUCAAAUGAAUUUAAUAUUAUGUCUAAAUCAUUAAUACAAUCACCUACUGAAGAGAGUACUAAAUCUAUCAGUGUAGAUGUGCAGAAGUUAGAUGAAUCUUCAAGAACAUCUACUUCUACACCUUCUCCAUCAUCUGACGUUAAUGUGCCGGUAAAAAAACGUGAAAUGCCACGAAUAAUUGAAAAUGUAACAUUAACGGAACCUAUGCAAAUUCUAAAGUCAAAAUUAUUAGAUAAAUUACCACAAAAAGGAGUAAAACAUAAACUAGAAACAGAUAGUACAAAAAAGUCUGACCAAAAGGGUUCUCCAAAAACAAAAAUGAUGAAAAUUGAAUCUUCAAAUACCAAAACUAAAACUGGUUCAAAGGUUACAUCUCCACAUUUAUCUUUGACUAAAAAGUUACAAGUUUUAAAAGCAGAAGAAGCAGAAACAGCUGCAAUGAUAGAGGCACAAAAUGAACAGUUAAAUGUAAAAACUUCAAAAACUCCUGCUACAACUACUACAACUGAAAGAUAUAUUCAACAAAGUUCACAGAGCUUAGCAGACAUGGAACUAGAUAUAAAUUCAAUGCCAUUUGUUUUAAGUGAAGAUGUUCUAACUCCAGAAAGCAUUGAACAAAUGCCUGUUGUUAUAUCUUCUAUUAUACCUGCAUCCAGUACAAUUCCAGCAACAUUAUCUUUUACACCAACUACACAAAUAGUAUCUCCCACUCAAACUCAAUUUAAAUUGAAUGAAAAUACAAAUGAAGUAUCACCUACAAAGAAAAAGAGUGGUACACCAGCAAUUUUGAAAAAUAAAACUAAAGCAAAACCUACAAUUACAAGUAUAAAAACGCUGGUACCACCACUUACAGGUGGUGUGAAAGGUAUAAAAUUUCAAAAUGCACCAGCAACAAAUAAAGUACCACCACUUUUAACACAGAAAGGCUCAUCAGGAAAGUACGUAGUGGUACAAACUUCUGGAGGACAACAAUUGCGAUAUGGUGUUCAAGGAAAAACAGGUAUGCAACAAAAAAUUGCUAUACCUGGUAAAAGUGCUGGAAAUGCACAAGUGGUUCACCAAGGCAGUAAAGUAGUUAUAUUAACAUCAGCACAAUCAGGUCAAACUAAAAUGCUGCCUUUAAAUAUCUCUAAAACACUAAGUGGCAAAGUUCAAAGAAUUAUGACAAGUAAAGGUCAAGUAUAUUGUCCCAUCAGUCCUCAGGGUAUCAUAAAUUCAAAAACACUUAUUGCCCCAAAGGGAGAUGGUGUUUCAGCAACAACAUCUAAGCUUCCUGCUGGACAUAAGAUAAUUAACACACAAGGUAUCAUAGCUUCAAAAGGAGUUCUAACUCCUAUUUCAGGAGCAAUUGGAAAAACUGCCCUAUUAGGAACAUUGUCUCAAGGAAUUAUCACAAAAGGUGGAAUCUAUACGCCAAUAAGCACUUCUACUUUAGGUGGAAAAACUAUUAUUGGUUCAAAAGCUUUGGUUACAAAAGGUACAACCAUUUUAUCUUCACAGAAUUUAGGUACUUCUAAAGCUAUUUUGACUCCCAUAUCUCAAACUAUUAGUGGCAAAACUAUUUUGAGUACUCAAGGUAUAGUAAGCAGCAAAGCAACAGUUUUGACACCAAUAACAGGACAGCAAGUGAAAGCUAUUGCAGCGAAAAGUCCAUCUAAAGGAAAUAAAGUACAAUAUCAGUCAGUGCAACAGAAAGUGCAACUACCAAUGUUACACAAGUCACAGAAAGUUCCAGUGUCUGGUACUUCACAAGGAAGAUCUGGACAAGUAAAAACUGGUGGCAACAGUACAGUAGUAAUGCAAAAUACCAUUCCGCCACAGAAAACUAUACAACAAGGAAAGAAAGUAAUUAAACAGACAGUUGUACAGCAAGGUUCCGCUAUUCAAAAUAUUCCAUCUCAAGGUAGUCAACAGACAAUUGGGAUGAGUUCACAAGUUCAACAGAAAGGAAAAUCUGCACCUACAUCAACUGUACAAAAAGUUAUUAUACCCCGAGGUAGUCGACAACAAAAAACACAACAAAAAAUAGUUGUUCAAAAAGUACAAGAACCUAUAAUUACGACUGUACAAAAUAUGCAGUCAAAACAAACAGGCACAGUACCAUUAACUACUUUGUCAAAUGUAUCUAAAACAACGAGUCAACAAAAACAGGCAGCUAAUAUUACAACAACUACAAAACUUACUGCAAAAAGCCAAGUAGCAAAUAAGUCUAUUACACAACAGCAAAAAAAUUUGGUGAACAUUGCAAUGAAUUCAGUAACUGCAACUCCUUCUACAUCUUUAUCUCUUCCGCCGUUAGAACCUAUUGAAUCUGAAAGGAAAUCAAAAAUAGAAAAUGUAAUUGUUGAACCUAUUCAGAAAGAUCAGCCUAAAUUAGAAAAUUUCAAUGUUGAAAAAAGUGGUGAGAUAGAAAAAAUAGAAGAACCAAAAAUAACAACACAACCACAAAUAAUGGCUCUGCCAACAGAAAGCAGUGAUGGAACACAAACUUAUGUUUUAGUAACUAUUGAUGAACAAGGACAAAUACAACCUCUUGAUAAUAAUACUCUUAUGUCAUUAGAAGGUACUACACAAAAUCCAGAUGGCACAAGAACAUUAUACAUAGAUCCUAGUUCAUUAGGAGAAGCAGGCACCAUAGACAAUAUUGUUCUACAGUUUGAUAAUGCUGUAUUACCAAACAUACAAACCAAUACUACAGAAUCCAAUCAAGCAAUUAUAUCAGAAAGUCUUUCUACUUCAGAAGUAAUACACACAUCAAAUCAAGAUAUUUUAGCUGCUGCUUUGGCAAAUACAGAUUUUCAACAAGAAAUUAGUUUAACAGAGAAUCUUGCAGGAAAUGUAAUGACCACUGGUUUGACUCAAACAAGUUUAAUCAAUCAAACUAUUUUACAGUCAACUAUUAUACCUCCUACAGAACCAAUAUCUUCUCCCUCUGUGCUUGAAACUUCAUUGACUUUAAAUCAACCCAUAAUGACGCCUUUAGAAGUACCUAGUAAUUUACCAAUACAAUCAGAAUCAACUCCAACUUCUGCUGUGGCAACCAUCCCGUCUUCUCUCGAAUUACCGAUAACAAUCACAAGUCCUAAUAUUUCAUACAUUUCAGCGGGAGAAGCACAAAUACAAAUUCCUGGUAAUUCUAUGCCAGAUAUUGGAGAAAUCAUGGAAAAUUCAAAUACUACUGAAAUCACUCAAACGGAAAUCCCUGCAAGUACUCAAUAUUUAGUAUUACCAAAUUUAGAGGAUAAUAUUACUGUAGAAACUUCAAAUGAGCAGAGUAAUACUAUUUCAAUGCCUAACGUUUCAUAUUCAGUUUCAAUACCAAAUAAUAUAGUUUUACAAAAUUCACAAGUUCAAACUACUCCUUCAAUGCCGAUAAUAGAUGAUACCUAUGUUGAAAAUGUGCAAUUCACUUCAACUAUAGAACCAUCAAUAGCAACGGAACAGACUUUUGUAGAUGUGCCUGUUUCUGAAAUGCUUGUUUCAAAACCAGUUGAUUCCAAGGAAAAUAUAAAAUCAGAAGAUGUUGCUGUAACAUCAGAAAUGGUUGUAUCUCAUAGUAUUCCGGUAUCUUCCCAGGAAUCUAUUGUAUCAACAAAUGAAUCUUCUUUAUUAAAUGAAGAACAAAAUACAAUACCUUUACAGGAAGUAUACUCUUCUCAAGAAAUUUCUAUUAAGUCAGAGGAGAUACUCUUGGAACAAACAGUUACUAAAGAGAAUAAUGUGGCAACUGGUAGCCAAAAUGAAGAAGUUAGUAAUAAUGAUAAUGUAGUACACGUACAAAUUGUUGAACAGUCAGAUGAUGCAAUGACAAGUAGUAUGUCGAUAAUGGAUGAAAAUACUUUAGUUACCUCUGAGUCUAAUGUAAAAAUUUCACCUAGAGAACACGCAAGUUUUGAAGUUUCAGAUUCAAAUGAAAUCGAUACAAAUAGCUCACAAGAAACAGAGAAUAUAAAAAGAUUUAAAGAAUUGAGUUUUAACGAACAAUCUGAUGAUAAACCCCAUUCUCCCAUAUGUGAAGAACAAGCAGCAACAUCUAAUGAAGUAGAAAUUGCUCAAGAAGCAGCACAAAUUUUACCAGCAGAAUCACUGAAUCGUUUAGAUGAACACAGUAUGGAUAUAGAUGAGACUAUUGAAUCAAAGAUUUAUGCUACAAGUGCAAUGAAAGAAUCAGAAGAUUCUCAAAGAGAUGAACCAUCAUCUCAAGGUGAAUCAGAUUUGGUCCAAAGAAAUUUAGAAUUACAUUUUGAAGAAACAAAUGCAGAGGCAAGCCAUGAAACACCAUCACAAUCAUAUGAACAGUUUGGAAUAGCAAUGACUAGCGAUUCCACUGAUUUACCUAGUCAAUCUGCUACAAAAUCUGAAAAUUCUAGAGAACCCUCGCAAUCAAUAACAUAUGAACCUAUGGAAACAGAUGAAGAAGCUGUUGCAACAGAACCACCGACACAAUCAUUUGAACAUUCGAAGAUAAACGAAGCUUCUCAAUCAUAUGAAGCAUCUGCAGAAGCAAGUACAAAUGCACCUACCCAAUCUUUUAACGAACUAAUGCAAAGUCAAGACGAAAGAUCGACUAUCGAUGAUGCGAUUGAUGAUCAAACGUUCCCAACACAGAGUUAUGAAGUUGGUAAAGCAGAAAAUAUUCCAGAAAAUUUAGAAACAGAUGGUGAAAUUAGUCAGGAAGGAAACAUGCCGUCUCAAUCGAACGAUAUUGGUACAGAUGGGAUUGGCACAUCCUCGGUUUCUACAAAUAAUUCUGGUCUUAACGAAGACGAAACUGCUAGUUCGUCUUAUGUUCCAGAAACGCCUGAGAAUCAAGAAAGAGAUCCAGAUCAGGAAAGUGCAAUAAGUACAUCAUCUUGUGAAAUUCCACCUUGUGCUGAGUUGAAUAUUGCAUCAUCUAGUGCAGAACAUACAAGUAUCCAUGACAAUGGAGUACCUGAAAUACCUACAUCUUCAUAUAAUUUGAAUCCAGACAUUACUUCAACACAUGUGGAUUCUGUACCAACUUCUAGUUACGAAGAACAAAAUGUAUCAACUUCUUAUGAAGUGCCAAUUUCAAUGCCUGGCUUAGAGGAAACUCCAUCUCAAAAUUUUGUUACAGAAAGUACAGAUCAUAGAAAUGAACCAUCUAGUUAUUAUACUCAUCAUCAAGAAGUAACAGCAAGUUAUUAUGAAUCUGUAGGGCAAGAAACAAAUUCGAGAUUGGAUGAAGAUCCACAAGAGGAAGUUACUCCCAGCUAUUAUGGUAGUAAUCCACAAGAAGCAAGUCAAAGUUAUUUUAAUCCAGAAGAAGCCACGCCAAGCUAUUCCAGUCAUAAUGUCUCUCCCAGUUAUUAUGAUCACAGACCAGAAAGUGAAGCAAGUCAAAGUUAUUAUUCUGCAGAUGAUAUAGAAAAGUCAGAGCAGUCUUCCUCACAAAAUAUUGAGGCAUCACAAAGUUUUUAUCAAGAACAGUCUGAUGAACUAAAAUUAUCCCAACAAGGAGAAGCUACACCGACAUAUACGGAAAGAUAUCCAGUUGAUUACACAUUGGAGAAUUCACCAAUAGAAAGACACGAUCUUGUAGAAAGUUCUGUACCAGCCACUAGGCCUACAGAGAGGUAAUAUAUUAUGAUGAAAAAUAGCGUUGUGCUAUAGAAAGAACCCUUGUUUUCAUAGACUAAUGAACAUUACAGCCAUUGAUAGAUAAACUCGUCUAUUUUCAAAUGUAAAUAUAACAUUAAGACGAUAAGUGAUUAAAUUUAAGAUUAAAAUUAGAUUCUUAUACUAUAAUUUAUAUCUAUAUAAAUAAAUAUAUAUGUCUAAAUGUAUGUGUAUGUAUGUAUAUAUAUAUAUGUGUGUGUAUGCAUGUAUGUAUAUAUGUAUACAUACACGUUAUCACAAAACGCGGUGCUCGUUUGCUGCUGUGCGUGCAUAUGUGUAUGUAUAUGUACAUAUAUAUAUACACAUAUUCGUAAUUGCGGAUAUAAUCCGUACAUAGAAUUUGCUACGUGAGCAGUGUAAUUACAGAAGAAAACUAUGAUUUCAUUGCAAAAAUAUUAUCUUAUAUAUUCAUCUCAUUUAAUACAUUGAAAUAAUGUAAAAAUUUCAAUCUAUUAAAUUAGAUAAUCGUUCAUAACUUCUUUUUCCUUUCUUUUAACUGAACACAAUACUUUAUUAUAUAAUAAAUUAUCUAUACGUUUUUGAAUACAAUGUACAUGUAAUGUGUAUAUUGUAAAAUUUUGUAAAAUGUCAUUGGAGUAGUAGUAACAACUGUUAAUUAUUGCUAGUUUUGCAAGCGAAAUUACGCACUACGUGGACAAACAUAAAACGAUUGUAAAAUAUUUGUACAUUAUCACGGAUUCUUAUGGAAGAUAGACAAAGUCAAAUAAGAACCAAAAAAGUAAUUCGGUGAAACUACUACCCCAUAAUGGCAAGUCCUAAUGAAUGAAUAAAAAAUAAAUGCACAAUAUAUCUUCAAUAAAUAUCAGUACAUCUUAAGAUAUUUGUAAAAUUCAAGUAAAUAGUUUCUUGAAUUAUUGUUUAAAGACUUAAUUUUUCAGAUAAGUUUUUCACUAUUCUUUCUCACCACUUAUGAACCUACCUGCUGAUAGAGAAGUCUUUAUGUAUAAUCAGAAGUGUAGAUAAUUGAAAGACUCAAGGAUUGAAUUAUUACAUAUACAUUGUUUAUUUGUAGGUAAUAGUUUACAUUUAUGAGAAAUAAAAAAGCCUAUUAUUUCAAUUAUAAUGUAUAAUCCGUGUGCUGAUGAAAUGUAAAGCAUAAAAAAAUUUAAUAGAAGAUCUGUCAUGUUUGAUAUGAGUUAUUAAUAUUUAUAGAGGAGUAAUUUUAAAAUAAAUAUUCAUAUUGAUAGAAAUAAUCGAUUUAUUGUAAACAAAAUUAUUUUAUUCCUGUAAAAUAUUUGCAAUAAUUUUAUAAAUAAAUAGAUUUUUACAUACAUAUAAUAUACAAAUAUUUUAAUCGUUUUCCUCGUGUAGUUUGAAAUAAAUAAUUCUUUUUAAAAACUGGAGCAAAUCUCAAACAAGACAGAUUUUCCAACAUAUUCUAAUAUAAAAACGGUUAUAUUAUAUUCUUUAUAACUCAUGUUAUCAAAAAAAAUUGUUUUUUUCGCGGCGUUUUCAAUCGUGAUCACGCAUGUAUAUAUUAUGUUACUAUUACGGGAAAGAAGUUAUUAACUACAUUGGACUUGAAGGAAAAAAAAAAUUUAGCCAGAUCAGUUUUCAAAGAUGGACUGAAAUGUUAAUAUUAUUAAAUUGCUUUUUGAAUUCAAUCAAUAUAUACAUAAAUAUAUAUGUACAUAUAUUUUCCACUCAAAGAAGUAUAAUAAAAAUUUCUGUACCUAAAAAUAGAAUAUAAUACUGUGAAAUGGGGAAAAUAUAAUUACAUUUUCUAUUAAAAUUUUUUGGUACAAUCGUAAGUUGGCAUAUAUUGCUUCAUUGAAGUAAUCAAAUUUAAGUGACAUAAAAUGACAGUGAUUAAAAUAGCAUUAAUGCGUUCUUAUAUGGAUAACAAUUUGAUAUUUUCAUCACUAACAAUAUUAUCUUUUUAUUUCUACAGUGUGCACCACAUACACGAUUGUAACUAAGAGAUAAAAUAAAUACAUGAAUAUUUACGUAACAAAUUAUA